GUAAGCGCAAAGAACACCCACGUGAGUCUGUGUCGCAAAACUAUUACGAAACCCCAUCAAAAUGGCACGGCGUAUCGAUGUGCAUCACCACUACAUCCCCCCUGUCUAUUUGCAAGCCCUUGACAAAACGGGGGGAGAUCCUUCCGGAUGGCCCACACCCGCUUGGUCCCUUGACGCCGACCAAAAGAUUUGCCACGAUUGUGGUAUUGAAACGGCGAUUCUAUCAGUGACUGCCCCCGGCGCGGGAAUCCUUAAGGGAGCUGAGUCAGCUCGUCUCGCGAGAGGAUGCAAUGAGUUUGGUAGAGAUCUGAGGGAAAAGUAUCCCAAGAAUUACGGGUUCUUUGCUGCGCUACCGGAUAUUCUGGAUACCGAGGCGGCGUUGGAGGAAAUCCGAUAUGCUUUUGAUGAGCUUCAAGCAGAUGGCGUAACUCUUUUUACCCGCUAUGGCAAUGGGAACUAUUAUCUAGGACACCCCGCUAUCCAGCCGAUUUGGGAAGAGCUGGAUCGACGUGCAGCGGUGGUGUUUGUUCAUCCAACGCAUCCGAUAGAUACCAACCUCGUCAACAAGAUGCUCCCUCAGCCUAUGAUUGACUAUCCGCAUGAGACCACUCGCACAGCGGUGGACCUCAUCACUACGGAUACCGUGCGUAAGUACAGUCAUUGCAAGAUCAUCUUGUCUCACGGGGGUGGCAACCUGCCCUACCUGGCCAGGCGCCCAGCCAUCAUGUUAAAAGAUCUCGGUCUCUCCGACAUGACACCCGAACAUUUUAUCGAGAAUGCGCGCAUGUUCUACUUUGACUUAGCGCUGACAGAUUCCUCAUUCGCCUUGCCUCUCCUAGAGAAGUUUGCUCUUCCUGAUCAUAUUCUUUUUGGAAGCGAUUUCCCGUAUGCCCCGGAGGCUACAGUCAGGCGUUUUAGCAAGGAGCUGGAUGAGGCUAAGCUCUCAAAGCAGGAUGCGGAAAAUAUCGACCGUGGCAAUGCCUUGAAAUUGUUCCCUCGUCUUUCUUGCUUGUGAAGGACCUCUGGAAAUUUGUUUUGCGAUCUCUGUGUCGUUCUCUGAAUUAGAAAGAAAGAAAAAAACAAACUAGGCAUAAUCCUAUUUUGAAUUAGGAUAGGUCAAUAUUUCAGUGAAUCCGUGACUUUC